CCAUACAAAAACAGUGUACUGUUGUAAUGGAUGUUUUAUGUUACCGUUUUUAAUGUAAAAAAAUAUGUGCACUGAUUUCCGUGUUUCUUUAUUAUUGUUUGUAAAUUACUGACCGGAGAAAAGUAAAGUGUAGUGUUAAUACUGUAUCUAAAUGGCCAGGAUGAUGGGCCUUAAAAAGAAGAAAAACAUAAUCAUUUUAACUUUCUGCAUGGUCAUAUGUUUCAUACUUUAUCAAUUGUAUUUUUUCUUAACCAUAACUUCUGAGACCGGUAACACCAACAGAGUUGUUCCAGUUUUAAAUUUAGUGCAUGAGAAAGUAGAACACUUCACGCAUUUGAAAUCUGAGGAGGACAAGUUUAUAAACACAAAUGGCAUAAUUCAUGGUGUCUUAUAUUCUCAAAUGGCGAGAUAUAGGCCGGAUCAGCUAAAUGAAUUUACUUGUUUGAAAUCAGAACAGAAAAUUCCUUUUGAGCAGGUGAAUGAUGACUACUGUGAUUGUGAAGAUGGCACGGAUGAGCCGAGCACAAGUGCCUGUGUAAACGGAACUUUUUACUGUGAGACACAGUAUAGGAAGAAGCCGGUAACAUUCAAUGUGAUACCAUCUAGUCAAGUAAACGAUGGCAUCUGUGACUGCUGCGAUGGCUCAGAUGAAUGGAGAACAGAUUUAUUCAAGAAACUAUUAUCCCAAAGUUCAUCAAAGUUUUACAGAUAUUAUGUAACAAAAUGCCCUAAUAUUUGUUAGCAAUAUUAUUUUUAUGGUUGUAACUAAAAGACUUUGUAAAUGCUUUUAAAAUUUGCUAGAUAGUUCUAGUGUGUUAAAAUUAUAUUUUAAUUGCAGCUCGGAAUUAAUUUCAAUUUAAAUUUGAAAUAAUUCAAGUAGAUGAAGCUUGUAUUUAUUUAUUGAGGCAUUUUUAAUCUGUUGUCAACACUCGGUACAGGCAGUAUAGUCAACAACACUGUAUUGGAGACUUGGUUGCCAUUCAAAAAAGAAAAUUAAUGUACAUAACUUCUUGUUAUCUUUAUAAUACCACUGCAAAGAGCUACUGCGAUGAAAUUAUAUUUAUUUUUGUUAAAUGUCAGUCAUGAGUUCUAAAAUAAUGUAUAAAAGUACUUACAUUAUCAUAAAAACAACUUUAAAGACUGAACACCUGUAUAAAUAAACUGUACAUAAUUAUGAAUAA